GCCUCCUCCUCCGCCGCCGCCGCCGCCUCGGCCACGGCCGGAACCCGGAGGGCGCAGCGCCGCCGGCGGGUCAACCUGGACUCGUUGGGGGAGAGCAUCGGCCGCCUCACGGCGCCCUCGCCUCAGACGAUACAGCAGACUCUCAAGAGGACAUUGCAGCAUUAUGAGCAUCAAGUUAUUGGUUAUAGGGAUGCAGAAAGGAAUUUCCACAAUAUCACUAACAGAUGCUCCUAUGCGGACCAUUCCAACAAAGAGGAGAUCGAAGAUGUCUCAGGAAUUCUUCAGUGUACUGCUAAUAUACUCGGCUUGAAGUUUGAGGAAAUCCAAGAAAGAUUUGGCGAGGAGUUCUUUAAGAUAUGCUUUGAUGAGAAUGAGAGAGUUCUUCGGGCUGUAGGCGGCACACUUCAGGACUUUUUUAAUGGCUUUGAUGCUUUGUUGGAACACAUUAGAACUUCUUUUGGAAAACAGGCCACUCUGGAGGCACCAUCUUUCCUAUGCAAAGAGCUCCCGGAAGGUGCUCUGAUGCUCCACUACUUCCAUCCUCACCACACUGUGGGGUUUGCAAUGCCUGGGAUGAUUAAGGCCGCAGGAAAGAAGAUCUAUCACCUGGAUGUGGAAGUGGAACAGGUUGCAAAUGAGAAGUCGUGCUCUGAUGGCUCCAACCCAGGCAACUGCAGCUGUCUUACUUUCCUGAUCAAAGAAAGUGAAAACACCAACAUCACGAAGAAUCUUCCACAGGGAACCUCCCAGGUGCCGGGAGACCUCCGAAUUAGCAUCAACACCUUCUGCAGAGCCUUCCCUUUUCAUUUGAUGUUUGACCCCCACAUGUCAGUUCUUCAGCUGGGGGAAGGUCUAAGAAAGCAGCUCCGAUGGGACUCUCACAAAGUGCUCAAGUUUGAGGACUGCUUUGAGGUUGUUUCUCCAAAGGUCGACGCCACGUUUGAGAGAGUCCUUCUGCGGCUGUCCACCCCAUUUGUGAUUAGGACCAAGCCUGAGGCUUCUGGUACUGAAAAUAAAGACAAGGUUAUGGAAAUCAAAGGGCAAAUGAUCCACGUCCCAGAAUCAAAUUCCAUCUUGUUUUUGGGCUCCCCAUGUGUGGACAAGUUGGAUGAACUCAUGGGCCGAGGGCUGCAUCUCUCAGACAUCCCAAUCCACGAUGCCACCCGAGAUGUCAUUCUGGUUGGCGAGCAGGCCAAAGCCCAAGAUGGCUUAAAGAAGAGGAUGGACAAAUUAAAGGCCACUUUGGAACGAACUCACCAGGCUCUGGAGGAAGAAAAAAAGAAGACGGUGGAUCUCCUGUACUCCAUCUUCCCUGGUGAUGUUGCCCAGCAGUUGUGGCAGGGACAGCAAGUACAGGCCAGGAAGUUUGAUGAUGUCACCAUGCUCUUUUCUGACAUCGUUGGUUUCACAGCCAUUUGCGCCCAGUGCACCCCCAUGCAAGUGAUCAGCAUGCUCAACGAACUGUACACCAGAUUUGACCACCAGUGUGGAUUUCUGGAUAUUUAUAAGGUGGAGACAAUAGGGGACGCGUACUGUGUUGCAGCAGGCCUGCACAGGAAGAGCCUCUGCCAUGCCAAGCCCAUCGCUCUGAUGGCCUUGAAGAUGAUGGAGCUUUCAGAAGAGGUGCUGACGCCCGAUGGAAGACCAAUCCAGAUGAGGAUAGGCAUUCACUCGGGCUCCGUGCUGGCUGGUGUUGUUGGGGUGAGGAUGCCCCGAUAUUGCCUCUUUGGAAAUAACGUCACUCUGGCAAGCAAAUUCGAAUCAGGAAGCCACCCUCGGCGCAUCAAUGUCAGCCCGACCACCUACCAAUUAUUAAAACGAGAAGAAAGCUUCACAUUCAUUCCUCGGUCCCGUGAAGAACUUCCAGACAACUUUCCAAAAGAAAUCCCCGGGAUCUGCUAUUUCCUGGAGGUAAGAACUGGUCCAAAGCAGCCGAAGCCUUCUCUUUCUUCAUCAAGAAUAAAAAAGGUUUCCUACAACAUCGGCACCAUGUUCCUCCGGGAGACGAGCCUCUGAGACCUGCGGAUCAAAGACUCCUCCAAAAAAGCACAAACCCAGACCAUGGGUCACACCAUAGGAGGAUGGAAAGAAUAGCUCCUCUUGCAAUGCUUCUUUGAGAAUGAGCAGUGGAAUUUCUGUUAUGCCAGGCAAUAAUCCUAGAAAAUUCGUGUGACUACUGUCCAUAGAAGGUGGAAGGUGGGAGGGAUGUAAGAUCUAUCUAUAUGAGUGUUUAGGAUAUAUAUAUCCUAAUAUAUAUAUUCACUCAUUCAGAUAUGGAUCCCCUUUUAAAACAAACCAAUAGGCUCCUGUUUCUUGUGUUUCACCCACCCAGUUAUCUUUCCCUGUGUAUUUCUAUCAGUUUUGAGAGCCAGUUUCAAGUAUAUAUUCCUACAUUUAGUGAAUUGGUAGAUGAGGAAUAUUUUCUAAUUUUCUUUUUCUGAACAGACAUUUCAUACAUAUAUCAUGGCAGUGUGGUAAACUUCCCAGCGGGAAGAAUUGUAACUCAGCAAAAUAUUUUAGGGAUAUUACCUAUUUUUAUAUAUAAUCUCUUCUUCUACGUAAUUACAUUUCACACACCACUAUUAGAUUUUCAGAAUCUGCUACUGCAUUGUUAGUACAUUAUGUAAUGCUAACCUACUAAUCUAAUAUAGUUUCACUUGUUUAGAUAGAUUAGUGCUUGGACCAGGAAUACAUAUAGCCAAGGAUUUCAGAUGCCAAGAAAGUGUUGUAUGUCACUUAGUAAAUACACAUUUUAGAUUUAAUUAAAGUAGCAUGGAGUCCAGAGGUCAUGAAAUUUCCUCAUUGCAGAUACAUUUGUAACUAAGAAUAAUGAAAGGUCUUUUUUUUUUUUUUUUUGCCAUCAUGUAACAUGUAUCUGUCAAAAGAAAAUGCUUUCUCACCCUGGACCCUUCUCAAUGUAGCAGCUAUGAAUAUAGCUAGUUCAACAUUAAACUGCAUUCUAAUGAAUGACAUCCAUCCAUGUAACAUGUUAGUAAUUCCCUCUCCCUUCCCAAGUUGAUGCUUCCUAUGCGCUGACUGCCUGUCCUAGAAGUGAAUUCUCAGAUACUGGCCUCACUGACACAAAAGUAUCCAAACAUUUUGCUACAAAUGUUGUUUCUUAUUGCAUAAUGCCAAGCAAGGACUACCCAGCAUUUUAUGACAUUGAGUUUUUCUCUUAAAUGUUUUUCUCUACUUUGAUGUGGCUUCUAAAUUCAGUGAAUCACCUCCAUGAACACUAGAGAAGUUCUAACUUUCUGAACUUGUAAUCGCUGUAGUUUCAGGUAGAUUUCCAUCGCAUGUUCUGCUGUACUGAAGUCUUAUUCCAAUUAAUCAACCCUGCAUGAGAGAUACUGUUACAGGCUCACAGUAAAAUUGCAAGCACAGUGCAUCCAGAGAUUUCUUAUUUUGGAUCAGAUAUAAACCUAAAUUUCUGCUAAGGUUAAAGAGCCGGAAGUAUUGUUACCUUAAAAUCUUUGGAGUAGACAUUUUCUACUCUAGUAUGUAUAUUCCUUGGUAGUUUAUGCCUACUAAAUGCAAUUUUUUUAAUUUAAAGAUUUGGGCUGCAUUAUGAUCUGGUUAUAAUAUAACUCAGCUAAAGUGUAUAUUAACCAAUUUCCAAUGUAGUUUGUGAGGCAUAAUUAAUGUUUUCAAGCUCUCUUAAGUAUGUGGCUAGAAAACAUUUAUAGAUAUGCAAAGUAUUUGUUAUAGUUGUCAUUAGUUUUAUAAAUGAGCUCUUUUCACUCCCUAUGGGUUAAGAGAACAUUAUUGCAGUGCACUUCCUAUGCAGAAUAUAAGACACAGCUGCUGAGCUUUCUAACCUCUCCUGUCCUGCUCUUUCCUGGGCUCUUUCUCUGCUUUUAACUCCAUAGAGAGCAAAGGCCAUGUUAUGUACAGAAGGCUGUGAAGGCUGAAGGCAGGGCCUGCGCAUGAGGACAAUUAAUCACAAGAAAUCCCUGCAGUAACUUGCCCUUCAUAGGAGACAGUGGGGGGCAAGGUGCUGUUACAGCCAGGAUGGUUAAAGGCUGGAGCGUCUUGGUCCGCACGGCAGUACUGGAAAGUUGCCUGAGAAGUUCUGAGGGGUUCCUCACAGCAAAGUAGCAUGUAGAUAGACCCCACAUCAUGCCAGCUAUUUAUUCUUAUUCUGUGCAGUAAUUUAGAGUCACUUCGAUAUAUUUAAUCAGUAGACAUUCUGGUGAAAAUGUGUUUUGUAACCAUAUGGCUGAACUGGACUUUCAGGAAUCGCCCAAUCCAUUUCUCUGCUUUCUGUGAAAAAUUGCUUAAGCAACUAUUCUAAACAUAUGGUUGCUCUCUCUGUACUUAAAAAUAUCUAUAGGAAUUAUCUAUCUUUUCAAAGAAACAUUGGAAAUCCACUCCACCAUUUGGCAAUUAGUAGUAGGGCUCCAGUGAAGAAUUUGUGUGUAGACUCAACUUUUCAGAAGAAUCACAAACUCUAUAAUGGUUUAUAUGGUUUCAUAUAGAACAAAAGUAGCCAUUUACACUGUCACAAAUGUCACAUGCCAGAGAUCUAUAUACAAUACAAACAGGAUGAAAGCUAUGUAUUUCAUAUAAUAUAUCUAAUCUAUAUAUUUUUGAAGUUAGUCUGAGGCAAUGGGCUAAUCUUUUAUCAUUUUGCCAACCUAUUAAAUUUGACCAUGAUAGUCAUACAGUUACUACGUGUGUUUAUAAGAUAUUCUAUAAUAUGUCUGUUCAUUCUAGCUGCAUCCUACAUGAUACAGUAUAUAUUUCUUAGCCUAGAAACUGUGUCUGUAAAAUGUGCUGGAAUUUAUAUUUUAUUUGACUAUAACUUGUAAAGUAUUCUCAUUUGCUUAGGAAUUACUAGAAGUACCGUGCAUUUUAGUAUGGCAGGAUGCAAGGAACUUGAGUAAUAUCCCCCUAGAAACCAAGAGAUAUUAAUUAAUACAUAUAAUGGGUCUAACCCAUUCUGAAAGAAGCACUUUACACUGUAAUCGGGUACCAAUCACUGCCCUCCUUUAGUACCCUUUCACAAAGCUAAUUUGGAGAAGUAACUUUAUAACUAGACACUCGUACUGCUGGUGUCAUGAUGAUUUUACUGAUGAGAAUGCCUUCAUCUGCAAAUAAAUCAAUAAUAUAACAAUAUCAGAAUCCUCAAAUAUUUACUUAAGACUUACGUACAAUAUCUGCUUUGUAAAAUAUAAUAAACAUAAUAGUGGCCAUGGUUUAAAAAAUACUGUGCCUCAGCAACAUUAAUUGGAUGUGUUGGCUGACUAUUAUAAAGGUGGAGAAGAUAAAGCUUCUAGGUGUCCUUGACGUAACCACCUGAGAUCUGCCUCUCUGUUCAUCUUUCCUGUUAUAUUUUAAAGUAUUUUCUCUUCGCCUAGAAACUGCAAAGUGUGCCAGAAUUUAUAUCGUAUUUUGCUAAUACCUGUACAGUAUUCUCAUUUACUUAGAAAUUAUGAGGAAUAUCAUGCCGUUUGGCAUGGCACAUUGAAAAGAACUUGAAGAAUAUCCCCCAAGAAACCAAGUAAUAUUAAUUAAUAUAGUGGGUUUAUCCCACUCUAAAGCAGUGGGCUAAAAGAGUUAAAGAGUUUCUCUUUUAGUUCAUGGUGACAUUUGGAAUCCAAUGAGCUGUGACCUCUCGUGGCUCUGAGUCAGACACUAGUGCCUCAGGUUUUAGAAGGCAUUGCUGGAACCAGCACUUCAAAGAUUAAUUCUCAUAGCCUCACACUUCUUCCUCUUGCCCAGUGACAAUGAAAUUAGGAAACACUUUAUUAUAGAAAUUCCACCCCCCCCCCGGAAGAACACAGCACAAUAGAACAAUAACAACCUAAAGUCUCAUUCACAAGUACAGCAACCUUUUAUAUUUGGCAAUUUCUACAAAAAAUUCCACCAAUAAAGCAAGAACAAAUUCAUAUGAUAUGAAGGACAAAGCCACAAGGAAUUUGGAAAACCACCAGGCUUUGUGUUUUCUAUAGCACUCUAGCGCUGAUGAUCAAAAUCAUGGGACUGAAGUUUUACAAUAUCAAGAAGGAGCUCAAGAUCAUGGCCAUCAUUAAAUAUGUCUGUUGAAGCUCCUUUGGUUUCUAACUUGUUGGAAAGCAUGUGCUGCGGUGAGUAAGGCAUAUAGGUUUCUGUCUUGCUAUGCAUUCUGAGCAAGAGUUACCCAGCUCUGACCUUCUCUAACUGCAUGCAGUCACUCAACACAGUCCCAUUGCAUUAGCCUGGCCAUAUCAAGCUUGAUUCUUUCCCUACUUUUGAAGUCAAGGUGGCGGCAGAAAGAGUUACUGGGGCCUGAGGCAGGCAGGUGAAGCCACACAGCUCCAGGACUGAAUUAUAGUACUUUACUUUUGUCUGAUUUGCUGGGGCAUUGAGUAUAUCUGCAGCUUCUCCCUCUAUUCUUUCUUCAAAACACAGUCUGAGGGGCCGGCAAGUUAGCUCAGCUGUUUAGGCAAGCUUAGGCAAGCCCAGGGACCACAGUUUGAUCCC